AACAUUUUGAACGAGCAAAAAUUUUUCUUGUUGUGGUUUGAUUUCUCGAUUUCAUUGCUUAUCAUACUCAGAAAGCUAUAAUUAACGUAUUUUAAAUUAAUUUAAAGGUAAAAUUAAGUUCAGUGGAUGUGUUAAUUAGCAAAUCGUCGCCAUGUGGGAUAAAAUCACCUUGGGCUUCGAUGCCGAAGAGGAGACGGUGAAUUUCGGCUGCCGGAAAAUGGCUGUCUGCAAUUCAGCCGUAUACGAAACCAACACUUUGGCUAUAUUUUCAAACGAAGAAGAAAACGCUGGCGAUAAAAUCCCCCAAGUUACAUGUACAAGGUAUUCAGGUUCAGACAGUGGUAUAAUCGUAUCUAUCAAUGAAACCCUGGCCACUUUCAAUAGCUCUGGCGAUGAAAUGAAAAACAAGUAUACUUUCAACUCGACAAUAGAUUGUUUUGUAGUCACUUCUUCCGGAUCUUUGGCAUUUAUCGCAUUGAGUAACGGCGACUUGCACUGUUUAAUAUUAACGUCUAAUAGAAAUCCAGUUUUUUUAAGAAAUAUCGUGGGACAACUGAACGAGAGAACAUUUACCAAUAUUUUUAUCAGAGAAAAUGAUACUUGCUGUGAUCUAAUUCUAACUUCAUCGGGUAGAAAUAUUUAUAAAAUCAAGAAUUUAAAUAUCGCCGAAUUGGUUCAAAUAUUUAUAUCUCAAACGCCGGAGAAUAUUGUUAAAUUGACGGAUACGUUGGUUGUUGAGGAAACUCCCUUACACGAUGCGUAUGAAAAAAUACAAAUUAUUCUAUCGUACGAAUAUUACAAGUUCACUGAACGUCGAUUAUUAAUUAUUUGCGAAUACGAUACGAGGCAAGAAUUAUUAGUUUGGUCGGAAGACAACGAUCUUCUUCAUUCUUUAUUUUUACCGCCGGAAUGUAAAUUGAAAAAGCUCCAAAUGAAUAAAGACGCAAAACUGAUCUAUGGACUUACUCAUAAUGGUUCUUUGUUGAUCAUUUGCGCCGAAACUUUUCAACCAAUUUUACAUCAACAGAAUUUAUCAAUUUCCGAUUUCGAAAUCGUCAACGAGGAAGAUGAUAGUCUACUGGUUUUAAGAAAUGAUUCGCACCUGUUGCAGUUACUCUCCAUGCCAGGGUUUCAGCCUAAAUUCCAGCUUGAAGUAAACCCAGUAUCGUUUUUGGCACGAAAUCAGUCUUCAUUGGAUGAUUUAUUAUACCUCGAAGGGCAGAAAAAAGAUGCCGAAACGCUUGGCUCGAUUCAUUUAAAACUCGUCAGCGAAAGUCAGCCAGAAUAUAGACUAGAGAGAAUUCUGCGUCGGGGAAAAUUCGAAGAAGCCGAAGAAUUCGCUAGAUCUUUCAACUUAGAUAUUGAAAUCGUGUACAAGGCUCAUUUAAAAACACUUUCCAAUGAUAUCCAGCCAUGGUCUAGUGGAAAAGUAUCGCUUGAAGAAAGCAGCGCCAAGUUUAAAGAUUUAUUGAAGAAAGUUAAGGAUAUCGAGUUUGUUGCACAAUGCGCUGUUAAUGCGAUCUCAUCUGAUUAUUCUUUGAUGAAAGAAAUUCUGAAUUAUGCUGAAAAUCGUAUUCGUAUCCAUCUCAGGGAUAAGCGAGAAAAACCAACCAAAACGCUACAAGAUCUUUAUAAUCAAAUACGUAACGUGUUGCUCCGAUUGAAUACCUUCUUGGCCAUCUCCGAUCAAAAUUUCAGCGCCGAAAAGUGGCUAUCUUUUUACAAAGUGAACCUAAUAGAAGAAUGUCAGUCUCUUCUCAAACAAGAGUGUCUGAAUCAAGUGAUUUUAAUCUGGAGUCGACACGUUCACCAAUUACGAGACAAACUGGCCUAUGAUCAAGCUAUGUACUUCCUCAAAGCUAUUCCUUCGUCGACCAAUAUCAAAGAUGUGCUUCGCUGGUUACGUAUAUUUUUAUCCGAUUGUUUUGUCUUGUUUCCAAAAAUGUUGCGAAACGUUGUCAAUUGGUGUAAAGAAAAAGUCAACAUGAUGGAGUUACGCGGAGGACAAGAAUGGCCUGAAAGUGGCGUUACCUUUUUGAAAGAAUUGUUGAAAAUCGUUCGACAAAAUGUGCUCUCUUGUAAAAUCUCGUCGGAAAAUAUUAUUCAGUCUGAGUUCGGUAACGAGUCUCCUAUUAAGGAAAUCCUUUCGUAUAUAAAGAUACUCAGUGAAAUUACUAUUAUUAAGAAGAAUCAUUGCGUAUUGGUCACAAUCGCCGAAUAUACUCAGGACAACGAUAAAGAAAUAAUUUUUACGAUUUUGGAUAAAAUUCCGUUAGAAGAACUAAAUUCCUUCGUGAACGGAUUUUUGGCCAAGUUGAUGUUGGAAAAGAAUUUACACGGUGAUGUCAUAAUUUCAGAGUAUAUUCAAUGCCUUGUUGAAGGAUCGGUGAACUGGUGGUAUUGGGAAGAAGCCCCAUGGGAAGGAAGAGUAGCUGUGUUGAUAAAUUGCAUCUCAAGUAUCGAGGAGAAAUUAAAAUGUGUAUUGUGCGUUUUGAAAUACUCUCCUGUGCCUUGGAGUUCGAUUGUGAGCAAUAUCUGCGACGAAGCUCUCAAAUACAAAAGCCCGCUCACCAAAUUGAUCAACGAACAGAAAAAAUUAGUCAAUUGUAAAUUAAUCUUGAAGAAAUACGAUCUAAAAGACAACGUGCUCACUAAAUCACACGUCAAUCGCAUCAUAUUGUUUAUAUUUUCGCAAGCUCGCGAUUCGAUGCUGGACGACGCUUUACAAAUCGCGAAUACGUUUGAUUUUGAGAUGUGUACCGAAGUUUAUAAACUCUUCGUUCAAUAUUUAAUCGAAAAAGGAGAAUUCAACCAACUGCAGGCUUUCUUGGACGACGAUAGCAUAUCUUUGAAGAUAGUCGUUAAAUGCUGUGAAAAAAUCAUCCUAAGGGCGCAUUGUCUUUCGAAAGCAAAAUGUUUUCGAGACGAGUACGAAAAUUACAUGGAGAUCAUAGAUUCGGCCGAUGCCAAGUUACUCAGAGCUCUUCAAAAACUCCAAGCUAACGGAGAACCUAUUAAAUCGGUCAUUACCGCUGGUGUUUGUAAACAAUUGAAAUGUGUUCAUUAUCUUAAUACUCAUUACGAUUGGGGUAACGUUGGAAAUAAUUUUAAGCUAUCGCAGCAGAACAAUAUCUUGGAAUAUUGUUUAAAAUCUUUAUUAACGAAUAUGUCUCGUGAACCGAAAUCAGUUGAAAAAGAAGCCCUCAAAUUAGCCGAGUUAAGCUCCUACUUCGAAUACACGAAGGAAGAAAUUUAUAUCAAGUUCAUUACACUGGCAACUCAGCAAAACGAUACCUGCGUUGCGAUGCACCUAUCGAGAUGGCUACUUAAAGAAAACGAAUUCACCGCUAACAUCGCCAAACAGUUGAUCAACUUGGCCUCCAUCAUUUUACAACACUGUAUUGAAAGUACAGAGAAACCUUCGAAUAACGUUGCCUUUGUUAUACAUCAGUUGAUCGUAUCCGGACUAAAUACUUGUCCACCAGAAUGGCUUAGCCAGGGAUUGGAGAUCAGCAAUUGGUGUAAAUUAACUCGACCAUCGCAGAAUGAAUUUACAUCCGAAUCGGCCCCUGAUACGUUGAAUUAUACUCAUAGCAUGAGUUUUACCAGCACCAAAGCUCUACUUACGGUUUAUAAUGUGUUUUUGUCCGAAAAUAAUAUGAAAUCCGCAUUCGGAAGCAGCGUCGAAUCAAGUAUAAAUCAAACAACGGCACCGGAUCAAAUCUACCAAAUGACAGAUUUAUUACAAAACUUGGUGAAAAACGAACAAGAACAAGUUUCAAUGCAGGCGAUAACCACUCUUCAUUGGUCUCUUCUACAUCAUUGUUUCUUAUCGAGUCAGCCUAUGGCUGAAGUAUCACUGGUAUCGCAAACGAAGAUGUUGACUGCUCAGUGCAUUUCAAAAUUGCUGAAAAAGCUCAUUGGUUCUAGACACUUGGAUUGUCAGUUAGGAUUAGCCCUUUUACACUAUUUCCCUGUCGAAGAAGCUUCUAAUUGGAUUAUGGAAUCGACCAAAAAGUUUAGGCACGAUUUCCAACGUUUAUAUUCGAUCACCGAGCUCGGUAUGGUGUAUUUCCAUAAGAAUAAAUGCACCGAACACUGGAAUAUAAUUUAUAAGCUACGUAAACAAUGCGUAUGGGGAAAGCAAAUCAUGGAAUACGGAUUUUCCUACAAAGAGGCGUUCAGAGAUAAUCCUCAAGAUCGUUGUCAGCUUUUACGUAAACUUAUGUCUGUACCUUCGAUGACGACCGCAACGUUGACUAAAUAUUGCAACGAUGUGAAUUUCGAUUUGCAAAGUUGUCUUAAAUUUUACCUAAAACACGUUUUGUUAUCUUGGGAGCCAGAAUUCGAAGUGAAAGUCGACGCAGUCACCGGAGAAAAAACUUUAUUCAUCAAACCUACUCAAGCCAAGUUGUUGCAGAAAUGUCGAGAGAUUUGUAGCUUGAUUGAAAACACUAAUGAAAUGUACCAGUUAAUCGCCGUCAACGUUUGUAAUUCGGUGAAUUACUAUUAUUACGAGGUAUUUAUGACAUUGAUUAUUCUCCUGGAAGAGAUGGGAAUGAAACAAGAUUCUAAGCUGUUCAGCAUUUACCGAACUAUUUUCUUGUUUUUAAAUUCGUAUCAAAGAAUAAGUAAACCUCAAGAAUUCGAGAAAGAACAAUGGUACCAAAUGUAUCCGAAUGAGCAAUCUUUACCAGCCAUAUCCGAAUACAGACUACCUUUUAAAUUAUUGUAUUCUAAAUUCUGCAAAGGAGAUCCGUGGAAAAUCAUACAACACGAGUUAAAUAUCAACACCUAUACCAAAUGGUUCACUGUAUUGGAUGCUCUAGAGCUAGAUAAAAAUGUAUUAUGUUCGUUAGCCAUCAAUCAAAUAACUUCCGACGGUUUAAUCGAACAAGAGAUGACCAAAGAAUGGUGUACGCAUUUAAAAAAUCAAAAAUUAUUAGCCGAUGUGAAAGCCUGCGUAGAUAACAUCACGAAUCUCGAGAUGAGCUGUGCCUCUUUAUACCACGUUGUUAAUCAUUUACCUCCUGGUGCUGAUCAAUUGGCUGCAGCCAAGUUAUGCCAUGGGUACGCCAAACAAUGGCGAGAAACUGAAAAAUCCGACAAAUCUGAAGCUGGAUUUCAGAAGGUGCUCAAAAAAUAUCUCACUAUCUCGACGACUCAUAUAUUAUACAUUCAUAAUCUAAGAAAACCGCAAUACCUUCAACUUGUACUGAAACCUUACGAACUGUUGAUUGCCAUCUACGGAGACCCUGUUAUUUUACAGAAAAAUACCGGAAACGUGAUCAUGUUUCCAGAUAUAAACAAAGCUGCCGAAGAAAUCAGUCAGAUGCACAAAAUAGACGUUAUGAAAGUACGUAUGGAAUUACUGGAAGAGUGGCUUCAACCUGAGAAUUUCAUAGCCAACGUAUCCUGCGACGAAACGAUGAUCAAGCAGCAUCAAGGCGACAGCGUUGUAGAAGCUAAAUUCUCCGACGUCGAGUAUCAGAAUUUCCAAAGAGCUUGUUACGUAAUCGAAAGAGAUAUCGUUUCGUUCGGCAAAUACCUGGUUGGAAUUGUUUUCGAUCAAAAUUCCGACGACUCGAAACCAGUCAGUGUGAGAUUACGAGCAUUGCAAUGCUUAUACGCCGUCUGUUCGCCGGAUAUUUUGGAACAGAUUACCGAACGAUCGUUGGAUAAAUUAAGGGAUCUAUUAAACACGUUGAAAUUCGUCAUGGAGCUAGAAGUUCUCGGUUUGACGUAUUCGGUACCGAUGUUUGAAUCAUGCGAUAAACCAGAAAUCGCCAGAUCUCUGCUAACGUUAAAGAAUCCAAAAGCUAUUAGACUAGCGGCUCAUCUAUGUCGACAUUUUAAUAUCGAUCAGAGCGCGAUAUGGAAUUUAAUCCUGAGCAAAAUGUGUGAUUAUGAAAUGGUUAAAGAGCUCGCCCAAGUUUUACCCGAUUUAUCGGAUAAUUAUCAUACGUUAGACUUGACGGUAUUUGAAAAAUCAUGGAAUACGGUGCUGAAGUUACCAUUGGAAAAAGCACCGGCAUUUUUAUCAGCCGAAGACACCGAGAUGAUCGAAAGAAGCGUCGAGUUGAUUUAUUUUUGCCCAAUUAUCGAUCAAAUUGACGUGGAAUCGAUCAAAAAACAAUGUUUAAAAAUUAACCGAUCUGAUCUGGCUGAUAAUAUUUGUACCGUGAAUUUAUAAGUUGUGUGUUUUAUUGGACUAAGUUUGUUUUUCGUAGUGUCAGUUUUUUGCUAAGUUUUUUUUACAGUGUAAUUUUUUCGUGUAAUCAAGUUUUCUUUUUUAAUCAAACACUGCCGCCCAUUUCUUUUUGUA